GAAAAACAUCUUGUGCAAGUGUCUCAAGAGGCUGAGAGAAGAAGAAGGUCAGAGUUUCGAACCCUGUGUCUUCAGAAACCAAAAGACAGUGACAGCAUUCAGUCUUUUAAUGGAAGCACCAGUGGGAGCAGCUCAAGCACUGACAUGACUCCAAGAAGCUGUUUGACAACUGGGUGGUCCUCCUCCUUUAAACUGUCUUCAGGUCUUACAACAUCAAGACCAGAGAAGAUGAACCUCUCUCCCUCUCAGACCCCAGUGACACGUCUCUUGAUCCCGUCCUUUUCCUUAAAGAGGAAACAUGAAGCACUUCACUUCCAAAAUCCUAAAAUCCACCUAAAAAGAUGUAAAAAAUGGGAACCACCUCGCUCCUCUAAAGAAAGCAUAGCGGGAGGAAGUGGAGUUGGGGAGCAAAGCUGGAGAAAGAUGGGACCUGCUGUGACAAAGGAAAGGUGCGAAGAAUCAGAUCGCCUUGCUUCUGAACAAACCACAGCGUCUGUACUCUGCAAACUGUCCAAACACAAACGAGCCACAAACAAACCCAAAUCAUCCCACAAGGGAAGCGGCAAGACUAAAAGGAAAUCCCAAGCUUCCUGUUUAACCACAAAUCUGACAUCAGAUCCCAGAGUGAAGAAUUCUGAGAAGCUCAGUGAUGAUGAUAAGAGGCAGAUGCUUGAUGAGGCUGGACGGGCCAAAGUUCUGGUCAUGACUAUGGUGUACCAGGAUGGAACCACUCAGUUAGACCCAGAACAGAAGCUUAGUCCUCCAGCAUGUGGCCUCCUGAUACUGAUAACAAAUGAUGUGGACCGCAGUACACCAGAAGACUCACUCCGACCGGGCGAUAGUCUGGUCUACUUACAACUGGAGCCGCGCACUCAGUGCACCCAAAAGCUCUUUACCAGAGAUUUCUUGAUACAGGCACUUUCAGGACCUCAGUUUGUAAUUUGCUACAAAGCCAAGGAUUUGCUUCGCACAGUUCUGAAGUUUUUCGGAGGAGAUCUCAGCUGGAAACAAGUGGCAGGUUGUCGUAUCCACGACCCACAAGUUUCAGGGUGGCUUUUGGACCCUGCAGAUCCAUCAUCUUGCUUCCAGGACCUUGUCAAAAGACACUGCAAGAGACCCUGUAAAACUUAUCUAGCGGGUGGAAAGAAGGUUUCUCAGGCGAUCUUGGGUCUGUCUGUGCUCCACUGCCUGAAUGUGGAGCUUUGCACCAAACUGCAGGUUCAGGCUCUGUGGGAGCUGUACUCACACAUGGAGAUGAAGAUGAUCCCUGUCCUGGCAGCGAUGGAGAGUCACUGCAUCUGUGUGGACAGAGAGGCUCUGAGGAGAACGUCAGACUUGCUGGGGACGAAGAUGAAGCAGUUGGAAGAGGACGCCCAUCAGGCGGCAGGACAAAUAUUCCUCGUCACCAGCAACACCCAGCUCCGAACAGUUUUAUUUGAGAAGCUGCGCCUCCAUGAGCACUGUGAGAACAAAAAGCUUCCAAAGACCAUCAACAGACAGCAGCAGUCGACAUCGGAAGCAGUGUUGUUGCAGCUUCAGGACCUACAUCCUCUACCGAAGAUCGUUCUGGAGUACCGACAGGUUCACAAGAUCAAGUCGACGUUUGUCGAUGGGAUUCUCUCGUGCAUGAGUGAGAACUAUAUUUCUUCAACAUGGUGCCAGACAAGUGUGGUGACGGGGAGAAUCUCAGCCAAACACCCAAACUUCCAGGCACUGCCACGACAGCCGGUUGAGAUCACCAAACAGCAGCCCACCCAAGGCAAAGAGGAGGUUUUGACCGUUCAUCCUCGGGCGAUGUUUGUUCCUCAUGAAGGCUGGACAUUCCUUGCUGCAGACUUCUGCCAGGUGGAGCUUCGCCUGCUGGCUCACCUCUCCUCUGACCCUGAACUGCUCCGCAUUUUUACAAACCCAGAGGCCGACAUCUUUUCCAUGCUGGCCUCUCAGUGGAAGAGGAUGAGUCAAGACGAUGUGACUUUGGAGGACCGUGAACAUGCCAAACGUGUUGUCUACUCUGUUGUAUACGGAGCAGGUCGUGAGCGUCUGUCGGGUAUCCUGGGUGUGAGCACCGAACAGGCCAGCCGCUUCCAGGACAGCUUCCUUCAGACCUACAGGGAGGUCCAGGCCUUCAUCCACAGGACCAUCCAGCUGUGCCACAAACAAGGCUACGUGUGGUCUAUCAUGGGUCGACGGCGUACGCUUGCUAAUAUCAACUCCCCAGACUGGGGCGUCCGCAUGCAAGCUGAAAGGCAAGCUGUCAACUUUGUGGUCCAAGGUUCGGCUGCUGAUCUCUGUAAGAUGGCCAUGAUCAACAUCUUCCAGCAGAUCUCCUCCUCCACUUCGCUGUCUGCCAGGCUGAUAGCUCAGCUCCAUGACGAGCUUGUCUAUGAAGUGGAGGAUUCCCAGGUGGAACAGUUCGCAGCUCUUGUGAGGACCACGAUGGAGUCUCUCCAGCACAUGGACGAUCUCGGAGUCCAUCUCAAGGUUCCCCUGAAGGUGGCAGUCUCCAGUGGGAAGUCCUGGGGUUCCAUGUCUGAGAUGAACCUCCCAACAGCACCUCCCUCUGCUCCCUCCCUCUAGCUCUUUGUUUCCCUCCUCCGUUUUCUUACCACCUCUCAGUUUUAAGGGGACAUUUCUUUGGCCGCUGCUGGCGUUUGCUCCACCCUCUGUGGGUGUCGUUCUCAGUUCCUCUCCCUCAUACUUCAAAUGCCUCUCUCCAUCUCUCCCCAUCUCUCUCUCUCUCUCUCUCCUUCUCUCUCCUUGCUCGUCUUGCAUCGAUGUUGCUAUGGAAACCAGGCAGUUGUAGCUCCUUCCAAGCUCAUAGUUCUCAUUUUUGCUCCAUCCGUAUCCGGGGGCAACGGCAGGAGCUGCAGACUGGAUUGCACCAGUUCUUUUUUUAUCCUUCAUAAUGCACCCCCACCCCCCAGAUAAAAGUCCUGGUUUUUCUCCUCGCUGCCUCCGUUUUCACGCCAUCUCGUCAGUGCCUUUUUUCUGUAGGUGAAGCUAAAGUGUUCAGUAUUUGGUCGCCUACAAAAUUAUUUUUAGGUGCAGUUUUCACACCGUGUUGGCCACCGUAGAGCCGUUGUGAGCCUGAAAUAUUCUGUGUUCUGUUUGAGGCUGAGUUGUAUUUGUGUUUCCUUCAAACUGAAAUAAAUCUCACAGUUUCUACAUUCUGGAAAUCUUUACUUGAAAAAAAUGAACUGAAUUUGUGAGACGGAGCGGAAUGUCGACACCGUCACAGUGAUUAUGGAGCCGGUGGUCGAUC